GCGCCGUGUUAGUAGGUGUUACCAAGCAGCCUCUAAGCAUUGUGACGUGAGAAAAAGAUGUAAUUGAGUUAGAAAAGAAUCAACCUUAAUUCUACUGUCCAAAAAGAACCACCUUCCCCUUGGCUUCCAUUCCUUGGAUCAACCAUUUUCCGCUUGUCGAGCGAACGGAAUAAGCGCAUUGACUCACUGGUUCCAAGACUCUUUUUUUCUGAUGUCAGGGCCACCCGAUCCCCGUCCCGUCCCGUAUUAGCACGCGCUCUGUGGCAAGUCUCCGAUACACCGAGCGCCCUCGAUCCCCAUCCCGAGCCAUUAUCGUGCCCACCUUUCCCAACAGUCAACGCCGCCCAGGAGCCCCCCCAAACGCCUACGUUGGGCCAUCGGAUUUAACCCACCGCCGUAGAACAGCCGUAGAAAACGGGUUCGGAGAACUAGGGGAGUCAGAGGAAGGAGUGGGCUGGGCCGUACUGAGUGGGAAGGGCCUUUGCGGUGUUUUAUAUAGCCAACUGCUGGACCCCCGUUUUCCUUUGCCGUUGGUUUUUAGGUGGUAUGAUUGUAACCUCAUCAUGGCCUCAUCGAAAGUCGCACAACAAUAUUGGAGGAGCCUGGCACGGCCCGGACGCCGGGGGCCGGCCGGCACGGCGUUGCAGGUUGAGGCUCUGACUAACACGAGUCUCGUCAACCAUCGCAACAGCACGAGUUCGAGCUCGCCGACAGAACCAAAACGUGAGAGAGUCGUCGUCCUGGGCUCAGGCUGGGCAGGCUACGCCUUCGCCCGCGAGCUCGACCCCAAAAAAUACGAGCGCAUCCUCAUCUCCCCGCGCUCCUACUUCGUCUUCACCCCCCUGCUGGCCUCCACCUCGGUCGGCACCCUCGAGUUCCGCUCCGUCCUCGAGCCCGUCCGCCGCCUGGAGCUCGACGCCUUCCACCAGGCCUGGGCCGACGACGUGGAUUUCACGCGGAAAGUGAUCCGCGUCGAAAAGGUCACCUCCGAGGACGCCACGUCCAAGACGCUGCCGGCGCGGGAUGCGCACGCGCGGGCCAAGGGGGAGGUGGUCGACGUCGCGUACGAUAAGCUUGUUGUGGCGGUCGGGUCGUAUUCGCAGACGUUUGGGAUCGAGGGGGUGAAGGAGUAUGCUAAUUUCUUGAGGGAUAUCGGGGACGCGAGGAGUAUUCGGUUGAGGGUGCUGCAGUGCUUUGAAAAGGCGGAUUGGCCGACGACGACGGAUGAGCAGAGGAGGAAGUUGCUUCACUUCGCUGUAGUCGGCGGAGGACCGACGGGUAUCGAGUUCGCCGCCGAGCUCCACGACCUGAUCCACGACGACCUCUCCAAGCUCUACCCGCACCUCAUGGAAUUCGUCGGCAUCACAAUCUACGACAUCGCGCCCAAGGUCCUGCCCAUGUUUGACCAGCAGCUGGCCUCCUACGCCGAGGACCUCUUCCGCCGCCAGGGCAUCAAAGUGAAAACCAACCACCACCUGCAGCGCAUCCGCCCGGACGAGACGGACCCGCGCGGCGCGCUGCGGCUCAAGAUCCAGGAGCACGGCGAGGAGGAGGUCGGCGCGGGCAUCGUGGUCUGGAGCACGGGGCUGAUGCAGAACCCGCUCGUGCAGACGCUGAUGAAGAAGGAGUUGCGGAACCCGAAUGCUGUUGCUCCUACUGAGGACCAGGGUGCUAGCGGUGCUGGUGCUGAGAUGGUCAAGAUUCUCAAGGCGGAGCGGAGCGGCGGCAUCGUCACGGACGCGCAUCUGAGGGUCCGCCUCGACGAUCCGAAGAACGAGGGCGCCGUGCUGCCGGACGUGUACUCCAUGGGCGACUGCUCUGUUCUCGAGGGCCAGACGCUGCCUGCCACGGCGCAGGUUGCGAGUCAGCAGGCAAAGUAUCUCGCCAAGGCGCUCAACAAGCAGGCGGCUGGGCCGGAGGAGGGAAAGCCGUUCAAGUUCCGGAAUCUCGGGGCCAUGGCGUAUCUGGGUAGCUGGCGUGCUAUUCAUCAGAGUUCUGCGGAUGAGUUGAAGGGAAGAGCAGCCUGGAUUCUGUGGCGGUGUGCUUAUUUGACCAAGUCGAUGAGUAUCCGCAACAAGAUUUUGGUUCCGGUGUACUGGUUCGUCACCUGGGUUUUUGGAAGGGAUAUUUCUCGGUUUUGAGCGUUGUGGGAUAUGAUUUCGUGCGUCAGUCAGCAGAGGAGAGAAAGGGAUCAUCAUGGACAUGUUAAAAGUGAAUAGCGCCUGUAAGAUGGUGUACAUGGUGACCAUGGGAGGUCAAGGCAACCCUCACAAUUAUUAGCGAUAGACAUAGACGAAGAAAGGCGACUACCACCGGGAUGAUAGAUUAGAGGGGGCAACCCGGGUAUUCAGCCCGAAUGUAAAGUAUAAUAACCACGC